AUGGCGAGCAUUGCCACCGACGCUGCUACGCGCCCGACGGCCGCGGACGAGGCGGAGGGGUCUGUCUGGCAUAUCUAUGAGGGUCGAACCUACCGCGUGCCCCUGUCGUUUGUGCGCCGCCACCCGAACGGUCCAAAGCUGCUGCUGCCCUACGCAAAUCGAGACAUCACACAGGCGUACAACGAAGCCGGUCACUCGAAGAAGGCGAUGCGCACGCUACUGAAGUUCCUGGAUGAGUCUGUUUCCAUCGAAGACUUGCAGCUGCUAUGCGAGAAGGCGUGUGAGGGGCGCAACCAACGCACAUGGAACUGGUGUGUGCAGGCAGGGAGUCUGUUGAGUGUUGUGACAGUGAUGGUGGCUGUGUACGUGCGUUGCAAACAGCGGUCUACUUAG